CUUAAAACAGCAUGUAUUCAACGAUUCCGUCCAGUGUAAGCCGUUGUCUUAUCACAUCUUAGUUGAAGCAAGCGGGACAGGUAUAUUGCGAAUUAUCCGCGUCCAGUGCUGCAAAAUGCUGGCCAAAAAGUUAAACGCGGGGUCGGAGCGACGGCGAGAAUGUGUAGCGUUGAGGACGGGCCACGGGAUUUUAAUAAGAAACAAAUUAACAGCAGCCCGCCUGCAAAACCUGCAAAAGCGCGUAUUUAAUGAUUUUUAAUGUGUCCUACUUAGUCGCGAUUAGCCAGUGGUUGUGGUCCCGGUUUCGAGUGUAUUGUUUUUGUGCCGGCAAUCAAGUAAAUUAAACCGAAAUUUUUUUUUCCCCAAACCAAACUGCAGAAAAGUGACAAAUAAUCCGUGGCCUGCAUCUGCCAGCGCGGGAGGGGGGCGUCCAGAUAAAGAAAGAGCGCAAAGAACGAGGGAAAAUCGCUGUUGAUAAACUUACGGGAAUCGACACCACACCGAGGGCCCGUCGCGAUUGCAUUUGUUUAUGUUUUUCAAAGAUUGUUUUCGUGUGUUGCAACUAAAAUAAAAGCAGAGUAAAAGUGGAAACGGCUAGCAACGCUGCUGCUGCUGCUGCUGGUAGUAGUUGUUGUUGGUGGUGUACGUGCAGAAACAGAAAGAGACACAUCCCUCCUCGUCCCACCUCGUCUCUCCCUCCGUUGCUCUUCGCAGGAGGUGGGAGAGUGAAUGGUCGUUGACGUUGUUUUUGUGUGAAACAUAGAGGAGAAGAAGAACACGCGGCGCGUUGCGGCUGCUGGCAGCGGCGGCGGGCUCACGCUGCUUUCAUCAUCCAAAAGGGCGGGAAGCAGUCAAAAGAAGGUUUCUUCUCUUCGCUCUUGUUCUGUGCGUUUGCGCUUGCCGCUUGCCGUUGCUCGGAAAUGUCGAGGGGGGGCGAACAUAAGCGUGUCUCCCUUACUUCAAUCAUCCAGAGCGAAUCGGUAUUCUCGAGAUUCGGCGGAAACAUCUUGGAGCCGGAGGUGCCGGCCGUCCAAAAUAAGCCAGCAAAGACAACAAAAAGCAUUCGCAUCAAUCUCAAACUCUUCGAGACGGACACCGCGAACUAUCCAGAGUUUAAUUAUUCAAAGCUUUUAUACUUGGAGAAGAAAAAGGCCAAGAAGCUAAAGCUAAAGACUGGCAACGGUUUCAGCAGCAGCGAUCCGUUUGCCGACAACGAUGAUGACGUUCAGCGCAUUGCCAAAGAGCUGGAGGCCAAAUAUGGCAACGCCUAUGCCAAAGGACGUGGACGCAGCAGAAAGGAGGAUCAUCGUGACAUUGGCGUGGGCUACGAUGACACCGAUUCCUUCAUUGAUAAUUCCGAAGCGUACGACGAAGUCAUACCUGAGGAGGUGGAGACCCUGGAGGGUGGCUUUUACAUCAACUGCGGCGCCUUAGAGUUCAAGCCGUUGACCAAGAAAUCCUACACCACGCGAACGGAUGCGAUCAUCAAAAUGCCAGAGAGAUCGCGCAAGCGCAUCGUCUCCUCGAGCUCCAAUAGUUCAUCCUCGUCUUCGUCCUCCUCGUCGUCGUCGGGCGAGGAUAAUGACGCUGACGACAACAAUGGAUCGGAUGAUGAUGAUGGCUCAUCGGAUAGCGAAUCGAAUAGCGAGGACGAUGACGACGAUGAUGAUGAUGACAAUGAUGAGGAGGACUCCGACAGCGAGAGCCUGGACGAUGGCGACUCUGCCAACACUGCAAAGUCCAACACCAAUGAAAUGUACAAAGGCAAUCAUCAGGCAAAGAGAGCCAAGAUCAGCUCUGGCGUAGGGGAUGAAUCAACCAAGUCAAAAUCCAAGUCAAAGUCAAAGUCCAGUGGUUCCGGCUCCAGCACCACCAGCACUAGCAAACCCACCAAAACGCUGACAGUGACCUCCUCCUCUUCCAACUCGCCGCGACCCAGUGCCGUGGAUAACUCCGAUUCGGAGGUGCGUCAGGCCCAGGCGCAAGCCCUGAAGAAGGUGGUCAAGACAACGACCGUCAAGGAUAUGCUCAAGGCCAAAAGGGAUAGCUUCCUGAAGUCACAGAGCGGCACAGCAUCGGUUGCAGGUACUGUCGUCAAUGGAGAACUGAAGUGCCAUUCCACGGAUGAUCUGGAGAGCAGCUGUGACACCGACUCCGUACCGGAUCAGGCCAUGACUGACAAAGCAGCCAAAAACCAAGGCCAAGGGCAGGCUGGUGAAAAUCUGCGAACGGCUGACACGCUGCUGCCGACAUCCCUGGAUGCGCAUAUACUGAAGACCGUCAACUGUUUCAAGGAGGUGGUGAAGAGUCGCGACAUGUGCGGAAAAAAGUUCACGCUGGAUAGCAAUCUGAGCGCUCUGCUGCUAAAGGUCUACGAGGCAUUGCUCUGCACGGAUCGUAACGAACGGAAUAUGGUCUUCUCGCACAUUGAAUAUCAGCUGCAGCUGCCCAAAUACUAUAUGCUGCGCAAGGGCAAGGCCAUGCGCUCCAAGGAGGAGAGGAACAAGACAACCAUUGCCUUGGACAAGCUGCGGCGUGCAGUGUCCGAGUCCAUGCCCAAGGCCGUAGCCAGCUACGAAAUGGAGUUGCAUCAUUUUGCAGAGCAAGCUGCGGCGGAUGUGAACUCGGAGGUGCCGCUCAAGAUGCCGCGCAAGAGGUUCCAGUGGACCAGCGAGCUGCGUAACCUUUUGUACAGCGUCUAUCAGGCACGCUGGACCUCCUAUGCUGUGCUCGGCAAGCGCAAGGACUCUCUGGAGGAGUUCAUUAAUGGUUUUCUCAAGUCAAAGGUCCUUGAACUGUGGCCCAUGGGCUGGAUGCGUUACGAUGAUCUACAAAAUGAAAUCACCCGCCAAAAGAACUCCAUCAGAAGGUCUACAGAGAAGACAAAGACUCCAGCGAAACCAAUUGCCGCCGUUGCAGCUGCAACUCCUGCUCCUGCUCCUCCGGCGUCUGCUGCCACACCAGAGCCACUGCCGCAGCCCAAUAAUUAUCUAAGACAAGUGGAAGAGUUGCCGCAGGGAGCAGGACCAAGUCGAUCGCGUGGCAACUCGGACACGGACUCAGCUACAAGUGCCUCAUCCAAUAGCCUGAAGCGCAAGCUCAAAGAGCAGCCAACCGGCAAAGCCACCAAGCCACCGAAAACAAAAAUGGCAAAGCAUCAGCAGCAGCUGCAGAACCAACAGCAGCCGCAGCAGCCUCCACCUCAAAUCCAGGUAACGCCUGCUGCAGCAGUUGUGAAUGUGACUGCUGGCAGUCUGGAGAAUCUUUUAUGCAUGCCCAGUACAUCAGCACAGGCGGCCGUCUUGGCGGGAAUGCUUGGCGAUUUUGCUGCCUCGGCUAGGACACAUUCGGACCAACACCAGAGCAUGUACAAUCUCAUAACUGCAGCAACGCUGGCAGCUGCUGCCGCCAAUCCUAGCGUCACGACAAUCAACAGUCAUCAGACAAACAGCAGCAGCAGCAACAGCAGUCCAGCACAUUCCAAGGUGAUCAGUGGAGCACGACCAUCGCCGCAUGUCAUCAAUUUGGAUGACUACAAGUGUCCCAGUGAUAUACUGCAGACAUCGAAACAGCUUGCUGCACAUUCCUCUGAAAUAACCAUCACGCCGCAGCCUACUCCAGUCAUUACCAGCACCAACAGCAGCGGCAGCAGCCGCUUGUCCUAUGCCACACAGUUGCAGAAUUCCUCAGCAAACUUGGAGAGCAGCAGCGAAUCCGAUGGCGUUGAGAUUGUGGGUGUCUAUCCUGCCGGAGCGCUGGCGAUGGCAACUAUAACAGCCACAGCAAAGCCGCAAAAAGCAAAAACAAAGACUCAAAGCAAGGCAAAGACUGCCACUGGCACGGGUACCGGCGCGGGAAAGGCCAAUGGAGCAUCAGUGUUGGGCUUCCAAGCGGACAACAUGUACAUCUAUAAUAACAAGAACAAGAAUAACAACAAUAACAACAACAACAAUCAUCAUCAUCACCACCAUCAACACACUGCCAAAGUGGGUGUGGGUGUGAGUGCGAUGACUCUGGGUCAGCAGCAGCAUGUCUACGAUCUCAGCAGCAACGCCCAAGUAAUGAAGACAUUGUCCGAACUGAAAUCCUUCGAGAAGCAAUUAUCACUGCAAAACACUUGGCAAAAACAAUUCAACGUCUCACCGAGCGGCGUCAUGAAGGGUGGAAAUGUCAGCGGCAGUGGCGGUGCAGGAACGUCAACGCAUCAAUGACCCUUGCUAAAUGCCGCACAGCCAUCGAAGGCACCAGUGUCGGCAUUCUACAAUCACGAGGCGAUGGCAGCAGCACUCGUCCUCUCCUCAAUGAGCUCCCUGGCCAGCUAUGAUCACCAGUUGGGUCUGCUC